AUGGAUGAUAAUUCAUCUUCGUUUGUUCAACUUCAUCGUGAUGAUUCAGGUUAUGGUUCUCCAAUACUUAAUCGUGAAUUUUUAAGUCCACAACAAUCAUCAUCAUCUACUUAUUAUUCUUAUCAACAUACAUAUCAUCCACAUGUUCCUUAUUCAAAUAAUUCAUUUCAUAUGUACGAUCAAUUAAUAGGCAAUAAUAAUAUAUACAAUAAUAUAGAUUCAUCAAUGACAUUACCAUCUUUAGAACAAUCAUCAGUUUCUUCAACAAUGGAUUUAUGUUCAUCACCAAUACCUAUUUGUACAAAUUCAUCAUCUACUCCAUCAAAAGAUCCAGCCAGUAGCAAUAUUUGUCCUCCGUAUGAAUAUAAAAUCAAUUGGGUUCCACCACAAGGUCGCCGACGUCGACAACGAACGGUAUUUACACAAACUAAUGUUCAACAACUUGAUAGUGUUUUUAUGCAUAAUCAAUAUCCUGAUAUUGAAUUACGUGAAGCACUUGCCGCUCAAAUGGGUGUUCCAGAAUCACGUAUUCAGGUUUGGUUUAAAAAUCGACGAACACGAGCACGAACUGCACAUCGUCAACAACUUAAACUAUCAGAAUCAUCUUCAUCUCAUUAA